CGCACCCGUGUCGAUCAAUGGGAGAAGGUUUUACUGCCGGCGCGUUGCCGAUUGGUCGCCGGCGGAGCGUCGGCUUCUGCCUCUCUGGAUGACAGCAGAAAAGCCGGUUGUAAAGAAUGGUUCAACCCGUGCCAGAAACGAUUAACUUCCCUGCAGAAGAAGAGCAGAUACUAAAGAUCUGGAAGCAGUAUGAUUGUUUUCAAAAAAGUCUUGAACAGUCUAAAAAUCGACCCAGAUACACUUUUUAUGAUGGACCUCCCUUUGCCACUGGUCUUCCACACUAUGGCCAUAUACUUGCAGGAACAAUAAAGGAUAUAGUGACCAGGUUUGCACAUCAGAGUGGAUUCAAUGUUGAAAGAAGAUUUGGAUGGGAUUGCCAUGGCCUGCCUGUGGAAUAUGAAAUUGAUAAGACAUUGGGAAUAAAAGGACCUGAAGACGUAGCAGCAAUGGGCAUUGCUGAAUACAACAGACACUGUCGAGGAAUAGUGAUGAGAUACUCAAAUGAAUGGGAGUCUGCUGUUACCAGAUUGGGACGCUGGAUUGAUUUUAAGAAUGAUUAUAAAACCCUGUAUCCUUCAUUCAUGGAAUCUGUUUGGUGGGUGUUCAAACAGCUAUAUGACAAGGGACUAGUCUACAGAGGAGUGAAAGUUAUGCCAUUUUCGACUGCAUGCAAUACCCCUCUCUCUAAUUUUGAAUCACAUCAAAAUUAUAAGGAUGUUCAAGAUCCUUCUGUUAUUGUGACUUUUCCACUGGAAGAAGAUGAAAGUGUUUCCUUGGUUGCUUGGACAACAACACCCUGGACCUUACCUAGCAACCUUGCUGUUUGUGUCAGUCCAGAAUAUCAAUAUGUAAAAAUCAAAGACAACUCCACUGGAAACGUGUACAUCAUUAUGGAAGCCAGGCUGGAAGCGCUGUAUAAAUCUGACAGUGAAUAUGCUGUUCUCGAUAGGUUCAAGGGUGCUGCUCUCAAAGGCAAGAAAUACAGACCAUUGUUUGAUUAUUUCUCAAAGUGCAAAGAAACCGGAGCCUUCACUGUUCUUGUGGACAACUAUGUUAAAGAGGAAGAGGGUACAGGUGUUGUACAUCAGGCACCAUACUUUGGUGCAGAUGAUUUCCGCGUGUGUGUGGAUUAUGGCAUAAUCCAGAAAGAUUCAACACCAGUGUGUCCAGUGGAUGCAUCUGGCUGUUUCACAGCUGAAGUGAAGGACUUUGCUGGAUUGUAUGUUAAGGAUGCAGACAAGCAUAUCCUUAAAUACCUGAAAGAUAAGGGCCGAGUGGUACACAGUGGUACUUACAAGCACAAUUAUCCAUUUUGUUGGAGGUCAGACACCCCACUAAUUUAUAAAGCUGUCCCGAGUUGGUUUGUGCGAGUGGAACAUAUGGUGGAUAAACUACUGGAGAACAACGACAAAUGCUACUGGGUACCAGAAUUUGUCAGAGAAAAGAGGUUUGGAAAUUGGUUGAAAGAUGCACGUGAUUGGGCGAUUUCUCGGAAUAGGUACUGGGGAACUCCCAUCCCUUUAUGGGUUAGUGAAGACUUUGAGGAGGUGGUAUGUGUGGGAUCAGUGGCAGAAUUGGAGGAGCUGAGUGGAAUUAAAGUUGAAGACCUUCAUCGUGAAAGUGUGGAUAACAUCACAAUCCCAUCACACUGUGGAAAAGGUGUUCUGAAACGGGUUUCUGAGGUCUUCGAUUGCUGGUUUGAAAGUGGAAGUAUGCCAUAUGCUCAGGUCCACUAUCCUUUCGAAAACAGAAGAGAGUUUGAAGACACCUUUCCAGCAGACUUCAUUGCUGAAGGAAUUGACCAAACAAGAGGAUGGUUUUAUACCCUACUGGUACUGUCUACUGCUCUGUUUGGCAAGCCACCUUUCAGGAAUGUAAUAGUCAAUGGUCUAGUCCUGGCAAGCGAUGGUCAGAAAAUGAGUAAACGCAAAAAGAACUACCCUGACCCAAUGCAUAUUGUCAACAGUUAUGGCGCAGAUGCACUGAGGCUGUACCUUAUUAAUUCCCCAGUUGUAAGAGCAGAAAACCUGCGCUUUAAAGAGGAAGGAGUGAGAGAUAUUCUGAAGGAUGUUUUCUUGCCUUGGUACAAUGCAUACAGAUUCCUUGUUCAGAACGUCCAGAGAUUGCACAAGGAAGAAGGUAUCCAAUUUCUUUUCAACGAAAGUACCAUUGAGGACAGUGAUAACAUUAUGGAUAAAUGGAUACUUUCGUUUACACAAUCACUCAUUCGGUUUUUAAAGGCAGAAAUGGAAGCAUACAGGCUUUACACUGUGGUACCAAGACUAGUCAAAUUUGUGGACUUACUGACAAAUUGGUAUGUUCGAAUGAACCGCAGAAGGUUAAAGGGUGAAAAUGGUGCUGAAGAUUGCCAAAAGACUUUGGAGACCCUGUUCAGUGUUUUGUUCUGCAUGUGUCGGCUGAUGGCACCCUUCACACCAUUCAUCACUGAACUGAUGUACCAGAAUUUAAGGCACUUGAUAGACUUACCCUCUGUUCCAGACAAAGAUGCACAUAGUAUUCAUUAUCUUAUGCUGCCACAAGUGAGGGAGUCUGUCAUUGACCAACGUAUCGAAGGCGCAGUUGCUCAAAUGCAGUCAGUCAUUGAACUUGGAAGAGUGAUCCGAGACAGGAAGACUCUCCCAGUUAAGUAUCCUUUAAAAGAGGUCGUGGUCAUUCACCAGGAUUCAGAAGCAAUUAAUGAUAUUAGAGCCUUAGAGAAAUACAUUCUGGAGGAACUAAAUGUCCGUCAGCUGACAUUAUCCACAGACAAAGGCAAGUAUGGCAUUCAACUAAGGGCAGAACCAGAUCAUAUGGUUCUCGGGAAACGCCUGAAAGGUGCAUUCAAAUCUGUUACAGCAGCUAUCAAGGCACUCCAGAGUACACAGUUGGAGGAGUUCCAAAAGACAGGAUCCAUAGUUGUUGAAGGACAUGAGCUUCAUGAGGAAGACUUGCGUCUUAUGCAUACGUUUGAUCCAAAUGCAGGAAUAAGUGCUCAGUAUGAAGCCCAUUCUGAUGCUCAAGUUUUGGUUCUUUUAGAUGUUACACCUGACCAGUCGAUGGUGGAUGAAGGAGUUGCACGAGAAGUCAUAAAUCGUAUCCAGAAACUUCGAAAGAAGGCCCAUCUGGUGCCGUCAGAUGAGAUCACUGUUUACUACAGCUCUGAGCCAAAAGGAGAGUAUUUGGACAAUGUAAUUCAGGGUCACGUUGACUUUAUCUUAGGAACUAUCAAAGCCUCAUUGAAGCCUUUCCCAGUACCGAUUACUGCUGGCAUUAUAAUACAGGAAAAAACGCAGUUGAAGGGCUCAAAUCUCGAUUUGACACUUGUGAAAGGAGCCUCAACCAUUGAUGCUCCAGUUUUGGGCCCUGCCUGUGCAUACAUCAAUCUCAAGGUUUGUGUAGAUGGACAAAAGCAAGAUGGUGUGGUACUACUGGAAAAUCCAAAAGGAGAUAAUGUUCUGGACUUUGUCAAGCUGAAAAAUGUGAUCAUCAACAUAUUUAGACUGCAGACAACCAAGAUAGCUAUCUAUCAUGAUAAAAGUGAACUAACAAAUGGGACUGACCUGAUGACUCUGAAUGGAAAGACUCUGCAUGUGACAUCUGGAGUUACACCAGCAGAAACUGUUAUGCAGACAGAUACCCUGCUUUUCCAGUAUGUCAACUUACAGCUGGUGAAUGCCAAGCCUCAAGAAUGCCUCAAAGGUACAGUUGGAGCUCUUUUGCUGGAAAACCCAGCUGGUCAGAAUGGGCUGACGUAUGCUGAUCUUUAUCAUGAGGCAGCCAAAGUAUUUGGCCUCAGAAGCAAGAAACUAAGAUUGUGCCUAGGUGAAACCAAAGCAGAAGAAAUUACAGAUGACUCUUCAAUGAAAAUGUUGAAUAUGAAGACUAUUUAUAUUCAUGUUUUGCCGACAACAGCUGAGGCCUAAGAUCUGUACAGAUAUGUAGUCCUUAUGAAUGCUGCGUUAUGACCAUGUUGUACUGCUAAUGGAUUAUCCAUACCUGGAUUUAAUUUAGAAAAUUUGAAAAUGUUGUUUGGCUGUACACUUGACACAUCAAUGAAGAAGAUUAAAUGCUAUUUCAUAAAAUUACAUUUUAUUUGAUGUCAUACAUAUAUUGAUUCAUUUUCCUCUUGAACCUCGGCAAGAGUAAUCUACAGUUGGACAUUAUAAUAACAUUGGUGCAAAGGAGACCACAGAUGGAAGGGCACAGGUGCUAAGUCAGUUUGUUCUUUCUUAUGCGUAUCUGAUUUCCUCUGUGCUGUUGUGCUGAGCAAGAGGCCAGGCAUUUCCCCUUUGAGGGAGGGGAAUUCAUUUUAAGGUUGAUAUUGAUACUUUUUAUAGCUUCAUCAGCAUAACAUUAAUAGAGACAUGGAAGUUAUCCUCUGCUUCAGGUGCUUUGUGGGAGUCAUUGGCACAAAGGAUACUAAUAGAGAGACUGAAACAUUCAUCAUCACAAAAAUAAAUAGUUGGGAAGAUAACAAGGUACAUCACGAACAAGAAUAAAGAAUAAAUCUGAAGCAGCAAAGUUCCCACAAUCUUGUUAAUCUUUCUAACCAGUUUGUAUGCUGGUUGUACCACAAGAUUAUGGAAAAGAACAAAAGUUAUUUUUUCUAAAUCUUUGUGGUAAUAGCUCAGAUCUUUACAGCAUCUGAAUGAAAAAUUGCCAUCUAACAUUUUAGAUUGAACUACCAUGCUGUUUGGAAUUGUUCUUCCAAAACAAUUAAGUGUUGGUUCUUUGUCCCCUUUUUUCUGGGCACUAUGUCUAAUAGUUAAACUGAGAUUGUAGGUUUUUAAAUGAUGCCACCAGGUUUUGUGGCAUCUUGCAGAGAAAAAGUUACCAUGAUGUUCACUGUAUCUUAAUCAUCCAAAAGAUAAUAUGGUUCAGACCUCAUGGUCUGUUGAAGAAUGCUUUUUGGAUACAAUAUUUGCAUGCAGAUCAGUGAGUAGCCUUGUGAAUGCAUGUGAAUCAAAUUACAUAUUUUGCUGCAUUACAUUGGAUGGAAUUAAUUUGACAAACUAUUGUGAAAGUUGGUGCAUUCUGAUUUUGAGAUUAUGUAGUCCAUUUCAAACAUUUCAACUUUGGUUUGGGGGUAGAAAGUAAACCACUGAUUUUGGGAAGGCUUUUUUGGAAUGGAGUCUUUAGGCUUUGGGUUUCAUGUAUAUUCGAUUUAAUUUUAGUUCAAAUGUCAGAUGGUUUUUAUGAUCAACAAUUAAGCAGACACAACAUAAGACCCAACUUUGAGAAUGAAAUUCUGCUUAGUAAAUGUGGUGUGAAAAGCAAAUGCAUUGGACACUUAUUCAAUGUAAUUGUCAAAUAAGCAGUUUUGCUCUCAUAUGCAUGAACUACAUUAUUUGGACAGACUCUCUAUUUUUAUUCACAUUGUGUUAACUCCAUUAUACAUCCUUUGUCCUAUGAAUUUUAGCAUCAUACUUGUGGUAACCUAUCACUAAUAUUUUCACAAUGGUAUAUUGUAGGAAUGAACAUGUUGCUUGUAAUUCCAUUUCAGUAACUUUCAAACAGCCUCCGCAGAAAAUGCCUUCUUGAAACUAUGCAAUGCAAUUCCCCACAAAUGGGCAAAAAAGGUUUGGAUAACUAGCAACUUACAGCUGCUAAAGUACAUUUUGGAAACUCUUAAUUUCUUAUACAGUUAUACAUGUGCCUAGGAAUUGUAUUUUCAAAGUGUUGGGCCUUCUUCUUGCUUCUGUACUACUUGCAUUAGUCCUAAAGAUCGAUUGGGAAUGCAAAUUGUUUUGGGCUCAUAUUCAGUUGUAAAAUUCGGGUUGAGGUUGUUCGUUUCUCAAUGCGUGAACUAACUUUAAAUAAAUAUAACAAUGUAAUGUA